AGUUUUCUCAAAAAUGGAUGAAUCUCAUGUUACCGAUAACACUACUGACGAUGUACUAAUCGAGACGAAUGAGAAUUCCUGUGACCCAAAUCAGAAAGGUGUGAAACGGGUAGCUCAAACUCCACCAGAGAAAGAUGCGAAGAAAGUGAAGCUAUCGCGUGAUUCUUCAAAUCAGUCUGUGAUUGAACUAUCGGAUACUUCUCCUCAAAAAGAAACUUCCCAACAGUCCCCAAAAGCUCCGAAAACUCCGAAAACUCCAAAAACUCCAAAAGUUUCGAGAGAAGAACGAGAAAAGCAGAAGAGAGAGAAAAUGGAGGAAAGGGAAAAGCAACGAAUCGAACGCGAACGAAUUCUUGAGGAAAAGCGUUUAGAAAAAGAUAAGCUAGCCGAAGAGAAACGUUUGGACAAGGAGAAAAAAGAAAAGGAACGGUUGGAUAAGAAGUUGGAAGAAGAUAAGAAAAAAGAGGAAAAACGGAAAGAGGCUGAAGAGAAAAAGAAAAAAGAUGAAGAAGAGAAAAUGAAGAAGGAUGAAGAAAGGAACAAAAGAAAGAAGGAAGAAGAAGAAAAGAAAGAAGCUAAACGGCGGGAAGAUGAGGAAAAGAAAGAAGCAAAAAGAAAGGAAGAAGAGGCUAUCGAAGAGAGAAAGCGUCGACAGUCUGCACUUUUCGCUAAAUUCUUCUCGAAAGUCGAAAAGAAAAAAGUUGCAGAACCUCAGAAAGAGUCUUCUAACUGGUAUCUACCAUUCGAGAGAAAGGAUGGAAUGUCUCUCGCAAAAAUUAUUUCAAGAGAUCCACUUCCCGACGAUGCUGAUAUUUUUACACAACACGAAGAGAUUAACUCGAUCGCUUCAUUCAUUGAAUCUGCGGCAAAAAUUGUACCAAUUGAAUCUUCAAAGGCCAGAAAUAUGAAGGCAAAGUUGUUCCAAUUUCAUGGAAAUCGUCGUCCACAGUACUAUGGAACAUGGCGAAAGAAGUCAAAAAUUGUAUCCGGAUCGUGUCCAUUGGCAGAAGAAAUUGGUAUUGAUUAUAAUGUUGUAUCGGAUGACGAGUGGGAAGACGAACCUUCUGAUGGUGAAGAAUGCAAUUCCGAUGAUGAUGCUGAAAAGGAUAACGACGAUGACGAUGGUGGUGAGGAAGAUGAUGGAUUCUUUGUUCCACCGUGUUAUCUUUCGGAUGGAGAAGGUGAUGAAGAUUCGACAUCUGAUAAUGACAUUGCUGGAGAUAAAAAGAAGGAAAAACAACCAAAAAGAAUCACAAUUGAUUCGGAUGAUGAUGAGAAUUCAACAGAUGCAGCCGAACGAAAAGCUCGUCUUGCUCAACGUGCCGAAGAUUGGGCAAAGAGAACCGGUAAAAAGGAACUGGCAAUGAAGCCAAGAGCUGUUGGACCUGUUUUUAAUAAUUGUGAUGAUCAACCAGAAGAAUUUAAGUUUAUGAUUGCAGUCAAGUUCUACUAAUCAUUUCCGAAAGCUAUACUAGAAUCGGAUUGACAGUUUUAGUUAUUCUACUGUCUAAUUUUUUAUUUAAAAUUCCAAUCCUUUUUAAAUAUGGUUUUCUUUCUUUUUGACUGUGAAUGUCUCCCUUGCGUCCCGUAGUAUUUAUCAUUUUCUGUUCGUAUAUUCCCUUCUCCUAACCAGAAUUUCAUCUAAAUUUAUGAUUAUUUUCAAAUUUAAUUUCCCGAAUAAUUUUAAAACUUGUAUUUUCUGGUGUAUUUUUCAUUCUCAAAGCCAAAAUGGUGGACGAGAAGAAGAAGGAAAAAUGAAGGAAAAAAAGAAGAGG